AUGUACCCCGUUGGUCAACCUCCAGCGGGGGAGACAAGCGGUGGUGCUGUGGGAGUGUCAGCAACAGUAAGCACUGCUGCAGGCACUACAGGUGCAGCAACAGGCGCUCCAAGCACUGCACCUACCACUGGAGCCCCAGCUACAGGGGCAGCUGCAGCUGCGGGACCCAUGUCUUUGGUAUCGCCAGCAGCAGCCCCGCCACCAGACCUCCCUGUACUCACAUGUCCCAGACGUCCAAACCUGGGUCAUGAGGGACGUCCUAUUAUGCUUCGUGCCAAUCACUUUCAAAUAUCUAUGCCAAGAGGGUUUGUUCAUCAUUAUGAUGUCAAUAUACAACCUGACAAAUGUCCAAGAAAGGUGAAUAGAGAAAUUGUUGAAACUAUGGUACAUUGUUAUAACAAAAUAUUUGGUGCAUUAAAACCAGUGUUUGAUGGACGAAACAAUCUUUAUACAAGGGAUCCCUUACCUAUUGGUAAUGAUAGAGUGGAGCUGGAGGUAAUAUUACCAGGAGAGGGAAAAGAUCGAGUUUUCCGUGUUACUAUCAAAUGGGUUGCACAGGUGUCACUAUUUGCUCUUGAGGAGGCUUUGGAAGGACGUACAAGACAGAUACCCUAUGAUGCUAUAUUAGCACUUGAUGUGGUUAUGAGGCAUUUGCCCUCAAUGAUGUAUACUCCUGUUGGAAGAUCUUUCUUCUCCUCACCAGAAGGGUAUUACCAUCCAUUGGGUGGUGGCCGUGAGGUUUGGUUUGGUUUUCAUCAGUCAGUGAGACCUAGCCAAUGGAAAAUGAUGUUGAACAUUGAUGUUUCUGCUACUGCCUUUUAUAAGGCUCAGCCAGUCAUUGAAUUUAUGUGUGAAGUGCUCGACAUUCGGGAUAUUAAUGAUCAAAGAAAACCUCUAACAGACUCCCAAAGAGUCAAGUUUACUAAAGAAAUUAAAGGUCUUAAAAUAGAGAUUACUCACUGUGGUACAAUGAAAAGAAAAUACAGAGUGUGUAAUGUCACACGUAGGCCUGCACAGAUGCAAUCGUUUCCUUUACAAUUAGAUAAUGGACAAACUGUAGAAUGUACUGUAGCCAAAUACUUCCUUGAUAAAUAUAAAAUGAAACUUAGAUAUCCCCAUUUACCAUGCCUUCAAGUAGGGCAGGAGCACAAACAUACAUACCUACCUUUAGAAGUAUGUAAUAUAGUGCCUGGCCAAAGGUGUAUAAAAAAAUUGACAGACAUGCAAACUUCAACAAUGAUCAAAGCUACUGCUCGGUCUGCACCUGAUAGGGAACGUGAGAUUAAUAAUCUGGUGCGUCGUGCAAACUUUAACACGGAUCUGUACGUGAAGGAGUUCGGUCUGACAAUAUCGAACAACAUGAUGGAGGUGCGAGGUCGAGUGCUGCCUCCACCCAAACUGCAGUACGGCGGGCGCGUAUCAUCGCUAGGCGGACAACAAGCGUUGCCAAAUCAAGGAGUAUGGGAUAUGCGGGGAAAGCAGUUUUUCAUGGGAGUUGAAAUCAGAGUGUGGGCCAUCGCCUGCUUCGCACCUCAAAGGACCGUCAGAGAAGAUGCACUCAAGAACUUCACGCAACAACUGCAGAAGAUAUCGAACGACGCCGGCAUGCCGAUCAUCGGCCAGCCGUGCUUCUGCAAGUACGCCACGGGCCCCGACCAGGUGGAGCCCAUGUUCAAAUACCUCAAGUCAACCUUCGUGCAAUUGCAGCUCGUGGUCGUCGUAUUGCCGGGGAAAACUCCGGUUUAUGCGGAGGUAAAACGCGUUGGCGACACUGUACUCGGUAUGGCGACGCAAUGCGUGCAAGCGAAGAACGUGAACAAAACCUCGCCUCAGACGCUCAGCAAUCUCUGUCUCAAGAUCAACGUCAAACUGGGAGGCAUCAACUCUAUUUUAGUCCCAUCGCUUCGUCCCAAGGUGUUCAACGAGCCCGUGAUCUUUUUGGGUGUCGACGUGACACAUCCUCCGGCCGGCGACAACAAGAAGCCGUCCAUCGCGGCCGUGGUGGGCUCCAUGGACGCGCAUCCCUCGCGAUACGCGGCAACAGUGCGCGUGCAGCAGCAUAGGCAGGAGAUCGUGCAUGAAAUGAGCAGUAUGGUGCAAGAGCUCCUCCUUAUGUUCUACAAGAGCACUAACGGGUUCAAGCCGCACCGCAUCAUCAUGUACCGCGACGGAAUCUCCGAGGGGCAGUUCAUUCACGUUUUGCAGCACGAACUCACCGCCGUCAGAGAGGCUUGUAUCAAGUUGGAGGCAGAAUACAAGCCUGGCAUCACUUUCAUAGUGGUGCAGAAGCGUCACCAUACUCGCUUGUUCUGCGCGGACAAGAAGGAGCAGUCUGGCAAGUCGGGCAACAUCCCCGCCGGCACCACCGUCGACCUCGGCAUCACUCACCCCACUGAGUUCGACUUCUAUCUGUGCAGCCACCAGGGUAUCCAGGGCACAUCACGUCCAUCCCACUACCACGUGCUGUGGGACGACAACCACUUCGGUUCGGACGAGCUGCAGUGUCUCACUUACCAACUGUGCCACACCUACGUGCGCUGCACUCGUUCCGUGUCCAUUCCCGCGCCGGCGUACUACGCCCAUUUGGUAGCCUUCCGUGCGAGAUACCAUCUAGUGGAGAAGGAGCAUGAUUCCGGCGAGGGAAGUCACCAAUCAGCUUGCAGCGAAGAUCGCACUCCCGGCGCUAUGGCUCGCGCCAUCACGGUCCACGCAGUCACCAAGAAAGUUAUGUACUUCGCGUAA